AUGACCGACAGCCACGCAAACCGUCCCUCGAUGGAUGCUGCAUGUCAGACGCCGUCAAGCUCCACAGGCACCCCCAACAGUCGAGGCACAAAACGCAAGGAUUCCGACGUAGAACCCGCCACUCUCAAAACCGAGUUCAGCCCCAGUCACACUUCCCUCGUCACCCAUGAGAGCCCUGUCAAUUACACCAGCGACAGCGCAACUGCCAAGGACCCAACGGGCACCGCUAGAACCACUCCCAGCUCCGCCGAGAAACCAUCCGGCAAGCGUAUCAAGACUGCCCGCGCAUGCGACUCUUGCCGUCGCAAAAAGAUCCGCUGCGAUGUCAUCGAUGACGGCGGCCCUCCCGUCGGCUCGCUCAACAACGGAAACGGCGGCCUGAUUUGUGCUCAUUGCAGGCAGUAUGGCUUCGAAUGUACCUUCUUCUUGCCCAUUACAGAGACGCGCUUCAAGAAAAAGCACCAAAGGGAGGCAGAGGAAGCAGCAGCUGCAGCAGCAGCUGUUGCCGCUGCCUCUAGCGCAAAUGGCAUCGCGCCUGGCCAAGUGCACAUGCACGCUGGCGGCUUCGCACUCACGCAUCCUGCCUAUCCGGGCCUAGUGCCAACGCAGCCCUACAUGGGCGCCUUGCACAACCCAGCGGGCUUCCACGCGACGCAAGCUGGCCUCGCUCAGCAAGGCUGGGGUGCCCGUGUCAUGCCGCAGCAUCUACAGAGCGCACAAUUGCCUCAUUCUGCAGCUCAGCAGCACCAGAGCCUCCCCGCGCAGCGUCAGCUGUCACAUUCUACUCUGCCUGCACCAACCAAACAGCAGCGCAGGAGUCCUUCUCGUACGCCCCCCACCGAUACCCGCGUACUAGGCCCGACUUCAAUUGCUUAUCUCGUUCAUUCGACCGCCUUCAUUCCCGGUGCUGCCAUCGAAGCACACGACAUUAAACACAACCAGACUUUCGAAGUCGGUGCCAGCGGCGAUGGCAUCAUCCGUUUUCAUCGUGCCAAACUCAGGCCUGUCAACGGUGACAGCGCGCCCACUGACGCUGAUUCGCCCGAUCUGGACGAGGACGAGGUGACUCAUAUACCCGAAUCCAUCAAGGGCCGCCUCGCUGGCGAUGUGGCCGAAAAGCUUGUCAACACUUACUUUGAAAAAGUAGCAACUCUCUUCCCCGUCGUAACCAAGUCGGAAUUUCUCCACCUCUCCCCGACACCGCCGCUGCUGCUCUACGCCAUCUGUGGUGUCUCUGCGCUCAGCCGCCAAGUGCCGAGGGAAGUACGUGGCGCUGUUCAGAUGACCAUCAAUGCCCUCUUCCGAGAGAACGACUUUUUGUCCUCUUCGAACUCGGUGACCGUUCGCGCGUUGCUCAUCAUGUCGCUGCACGCCGACCUGCACGGACCUGCGGCGCUUCAGGCUGGCACGCGCUGCUGGAAUCGAACCGGAGCUGCUAUCCGCAUGGCACAAGACCUAGGCCUGCACCGCGAUGCUAGUGGCAAGGACGAAGCUUCGCAUGACGCCUUCUUCUUGGAGCAGAAGCGCAGGAUAUGGGGAUGUUGCGUCACUGCCGAUCGACUGCAAAGCAUCUCACUGGGCCACCCGAUGAUGAUUGACCUCACUGACUGUGACGUGCGUCUCCCAUCGCCCUACGAGAUCCUUCGAGCGUCCAGCGAUCUGCCCUCAGACCCAUCUACGAACCGUCCUUUUGCGUACAACACCGAGAUGCUCAAACUCACCAUUCUCUUCGGCCGUGUCAUGAAGACCAUCUACAGCCCUACAGGUCUCAUGAACGCCACCGACGAAGAGAUCCUCAGCCUGCUCCGCGAUAUUGAUGCUUGGAAAGCAGCACUACCCGACGAGCUUGUCUUCAAAGGCGCCGACUCGAGCGCGCCUGCCGGAAUUCUCCACGUUGGCUUCGCAUGCCUCAUGAUGCUCUUCUUUCGCGUGUUUAUGCGCAUCUCGUACAUCUGUCCGACGCACCUCAAAUUCAGUCUCACCAUUGAGAGGAUGAGCUCGCUGAUUCAGUACUCGACCGAGGCCAUUGCAUGGGUGGAGAGCAACGACUUUUACCUUGACACGAUGCAGAUCGUUUCGUACUGUCUAGUCUCGUGCGCUACUGUCCAGUAUCAUGCCUUUGUGCGUCGCGGAGACCAGAACGCUCUGACACAGCUCAAAAAGGUGAACGACGUAAUGGGUCGCUUCCGUCGCGAGAACCACGAACCCGACGAUGCCGGCAUGCGCGGCAAGGCGGCCAGUGUCAUCUCCCUGCUUUGCGACAGUGCCGUGGGCGUUUAUGCCAACACGCCUUCCACUGGAUCGCUCAACCCGACAGCUGGUGUCACGAACCGCAAAUCCAAGGAGAACGUGCGAGGAAUUGUCUUCAAGCACGAUGCUUCCCGACCUGGAGGCGGUGUCUAUGUUGCUGCUGAUCAGCGCUUUGUAUUGCACGACUUGCCGAAAGGAACUAUCAUCAUGUCCGAGACGCAAGAUGGUAGUCGCAUUCCCGCCCUGGUUCGUACGGGCAAUGAGCAGAACGGAGGUUGGCAGACAUACGAGCAAUAUCGAGCUGCACUGGGACUUUCGACCAGCAAAGACGCCAAUGAUGACUUUGCUGCUGCAUUGGCCAACCUCAACAGCGUCUCCGCGUCGGUGCUCGCGUCCGACCAGCAGGCACGCGAUGGCUCUGCAUCUACCGUCCGUUCGUCGAUGUUGACAAGCUCGAUUCCUGCGCUUACCUCCUCUGCGCCAGCACCGAGUGGCCUUUCGGCGAGUGAUGCAUCCGCCGCCGACACGGGCGGUCUCGGCCUCACACAUCUCGGCGGCGAUGUGUACCAAGACGCGCAAGGUCAGCCGGUCACACGUUCCGGCACACGUCUGCUCACGAUGGUCCCCAUCGGACUCGACGCUCUAAACUCGGGUAACGCAAUCCUCGACUCGAACCUCUUCGCCAACAUCACCGAGAGCAACAACGCUUCUGGCGCCACCACCACCAGCAGUAGCAAUAACUACCUCAAUAUCAUGACCAAUCUUGGGUUCAGGGAAAGCUCUGGAACCCAACUCUCGGUCGCCAAGAACGCCAUUUCCCCCGCUAGCCCCAACUACAACUUCAACCCUCAUCUCAACAACGCCUACUGGGCUCCGGCGGAGUUCGUCAUUGACCCGUCCAAGGUCGGUACCGCGAGCGACAAUGUUGGAGCAGGCGGAUCGAGUGGCACAACAGGUACCAAUGGAAGCGCGAGCAUGUUCGGCAGUCGUGUCGACGCUAGUAUGCUAGACGGUAUUCCGGGGGCACCACUCGACUUUGCCAACUGGGACGCGUUCUUCAGUCGAAUCAACCAGAGCUCAUCCGACGCCAGCAGCCAACAGCAGCAGCAACAGGGGCUUUCGGCAGAUGGUCACCAGAGCACUGCGGGUGUCGAUGGGACAGGUUUCGCUCAUACACCCUAUGGCAUCGAGGCUCAGAUGAUGGACGCUGGUCGAUUUUAG